CCAAAAAACGACUAAUAAAAUAAAUAUUCCGAAAGACUCGAAAAAUCCGAAAUAUAAACCAUAACAAGAACAAGAAGAAUAGAACUGAAUUCCGAAGAUUCGAUCUCCGAAAAAAUAUGUGCAAUGUCAAAAUUUGUUUUCGAUAGUAUGCUGCCAAAGUAUCCACAGUUCCAGCCGUUUAUCAGUUCGCACCUAACCACCACCCCCCCAAAUUCGUCAUCUGCAGCAGUAGCCGCCGCCCUUGCAGCCGCCGCCGCAUCUGCCAGCGUCUCAGCCACCGCCAGCAGCAGCAACAACAACACCAGCAGCAUCAGCAGCCACAUAAGCACCAUCAACAACAACAGCAGCAGCAGUCCCAGCAGCAGCAGCAAUCACAACAACAUCACUCUUGCAGCGGGCUCCCUGUCUCCCAGUCCCAGCGGAUUACACUUGGGCCAGCACCACCUGGGUCAGUCGCCCCACUCGCCGGUGUCCUCGUCCUCGCCGUUCCAGCAACACCAACAGCAGCAGCAGAGCCUGCACCAGCAGCAACAACAGCAACAGGCGCAGCAACAGCACCACCAGUACUCCUCCUUGUCGGCGGCCCUCCAGCUGCAACAGCAACAGCACCACAUCAACAAGCUAGCCGCCGUAGCCGCCGCCUCCCACGGCCACGCCCACGCGCACCAGCAGUUGCUGUUGACUCCGCCGUCAGUUGGAAAUUCGCAAGCCGGGGACAGCAGCUGCUCCCCAUCGCCGUCGGCAUCUGGCAGUUCGUCGCUGCACCGCAGCCUCAACGACAGCUCGCCGGUUUCCGGACCCGCAUCCACGUCGGCAUCCGUAAACGCGGCCAAUUCCGUAGCCGCCGCCGCUGCCGCUGCUGCCGCCGCCGCCGCGGCCAGCUCCUCGUUUGCGAUCCCCACCAGCAAGAUGUAUCCCUAUGUAUCGAAUCACCCGAGCACCCAUGGAGGGCUCUCCGGAAUGGCCGGGUUCUCGGGGCUGGAAGAUAAGUCGUGCAGCAGGUACACAGACACCGUGAUGAACAGCUACCAGUCGAUGAGCGUACCUGCCUCGGCCUCGGCGCAGUUCGCUCAGUUCUAUCAACAUGCCACAGCCGCCGCCUCGGCGGUCUCAGCCGCCAGUGCCGGGGCCAUUGGAGUCGACUCCCUCGGAAAUGCCUGCACCCAGCCCGCCUCCGGGGUCAUGCCAGGAGCCGGGGGUGCCGGUGGGGCAGGAAUCGCCGAUCUGCCGAGAUAUCCCUGGAUGACACUUACAGACUGGAUGGGAAGUCCCUUCGAGCGUGUCGUUUGCGGCGAUUUCAACGGCCCCAACGGAUGCCCCCGAAGACGCGGCCGCCAGACCUACACUCGCUUUCAGACCCUCGAGCUGGAGAAGGAGUUCCACUUCAACCACUACUUGACCCGGCGGAGGCGCAUCGAGAUUGCCCACGCUCUCUGCCUGACCGAGCGACAGAUAAAGAUCUGGUUCCAGAACCGGCGCAUGAAGCUGAAGAAGGAGUUGCGUGCCGUCAAGGAAAUAAACGAACAGGCGCGACGUGAUCGCGAGGAGCAGGAGAAGAUGAAGGCCCAGGAGACGAUGAAAUCCGCCCAGCAGAACAAACAAGUGCAACAGCAGCAGCAGCAACAGCAACAACAGCAGCAGCAACAACAGCAGCAACAGCACCAGCAGCAGCAGCAACAACCGCAGGACCACCACUCCAUCAUCUCUCACAAUCCGGGUCACUUGCACCACUCGGUGGUGGGUCAGAACGAUCUCAAGCUCGGCCUGGGAAUGGGCGUUGGCGUGGGAGUCGGUGUGGGCGGUGGUAUUGGCCCCGGAAUCGGUGGUGGCCUGGGCGGCAACUUGGGCAUGAUGAGUGCCCUGGACAAGAGCAAUCACGACCUGCUGAAGGCGGUCAGCAAGGUAAACUCCUAAGCAGCUGGCCCCCAAAAUGACGAGCCCCAGCCGAGCCAAUCUUCCACCAGCCGCACCACUAGCACCACCACCAACCACACCACCACCAC